UAACUUGAGAACAAAACAAAAUAAAUUAUAAACAUAUAAAAUAAAUUAAAAGCUGACAAGUGUCUUAAAACAGCAGAACAUAAUUCAAAUCCAAAGAAAAAAUAACAAAUUAACACAGUAUUUAAUUUAAAAAAUACAACAAAAGAAAUCAUUUAAAUUAUCUUGAAGAUAACAAGAGAGGAACAAACAAAAAAGUAAACAAAUGUCGUUCAAAAGAAGAUAAUAGACAAAUAUAUUUUUUUUAACUAAAUAAGUGUAAAAAAUCAUUUUUUCUGUGUUAAAGUGUAAAAUAAACAACCCCUAAAACAGUAAAAAAUUUAAGCAGCACAAAAAAUCGCUUAAAAACCAAGUAGAAAAAAACGUUAAAAAAAUAAUAAUUCCCCCGCCCAAUAAACACAUAUCAAUCGAAACCAAUGGCCACAAAUUGCGAAUAUAUAGAGGAAAAUUUAAAGCAACAGCAAAAAUGUGGCAUUUCCAAUUCGGCCUCCAUAUCGAGUAUGACACACGAGGAGAAACAGGAUAGCACCGAGAAAUCACCCAGUAAAUCCUCAUUUUCCGAUACCUCCUCGGAAGUGGGCAGUACUAGUGGUGGUGGAGGAGGUGGUAGUGGGCAGAGUCCCAGUACUUUACAAAAAUCUAAAAAAUUACAAAAUAAUGGACAUUUGCCCUUUGUACCCUCCAUAGGGGAUUGUGUUUUUGAACAUGCUUUUGAAAAGUCUAUGGAUGAUUUGGAACAUGGUGGCAAUGAUGGUUAUGAAACCGAUUCGGAGACUUCAUUGAAUGGAGAUCAUGAAGAAGAUCCGUUUAAGGAAUUAACCAGCAGUAAUAGUGAAAAUUUAACCUGUUCUACCGGUUUAGGUUCGGGUCCUCUUAGAACCUUUCCCAAAUCAAAUUCUUUUGAAUAUCACAGCAGUAGUACCGAUUCGGAUGAAGAUGCUGAGGAUGGUAUUAUUCAUGCGGCCAUCAAUAUGUCUCCGAAAUUCUGUAAUUCUGAUAUAUUUCAAAUGCGUCCCUAUCUCAUGCCAUUUAUAGAGCGCAGACGUUUGUCUCAGUGUAAAGAGGAGGAGGAUGAAGAUGAGGCGGAUAAAUCCCCACAGCCCCAGGGGGAUCAACCUCCUAAAUUUGAAAAACCUAUACCUGCUCCCCCACCACCGCCACCUGCUAAAAAUAAAGCCUCAGCGGAGAAAUUUAAAGAUUUGGAGCGUUUAAGGCAACAAUUUAUGCAUAAGAUUGAUAGUAUCAAUACCAGCAAUGUGGAUGAUAUUAAAACGGUGACUGUUACCCCGGAAAUGUCUUCCCCACCGCCUCCUCCGCCCAUACCUCCCACUAUAUUGCCACCAGCCUUAAUAAAUCUACUCGAAUCGGCCAAAUCCACUACAUCCCUUAAAACGGCAACAACCACUGCUUCCUCUUUACAAACAACUCCUGUUAGUACCAACAAUCAGCAACCACGUUCCCCUAGUCCCGAGACUCUUAUUAUCAAGGGAAAAUUUACGGUAACCAAAGCCCAAGAAACUCCCGAACUACAACAGUUACGUAAUGAAGCCGAUAAACUUAAACAUUUAGACUCCUCCACCAAUGCCCACACCAUUAGUUUUCCCAGUAGUUUUGGUGGCUAUUCCUCCGUUCAGGGUCUAUUCUCUCAACGUUACGGCAGUAAUAAAAAUACGCCAGUUACCCCCCAUUUAUCUAAGAAAUUCUUUGAUUCUUCUCUCGUCGAAAUACGUACACCCACCGAAAGUACAUCGUCGCUAAAUAAAUUAAAUUUAGAUGUGGCCUCUAAAACGGGGACUAACUGUGAUAAUAGUAUUAAUAUCUCUGCCACUCAACCUGCAACAAGAACCACCUCAGGCACUGUGGUGGCUGGUAAGAAGACCGAACAACGUGAAUAUCCCCAUUUGGAUGAUGUUUGGAUAAAGAGAUCUUCGGAAUCGACACCAACAUCGUCUAUCACUUCGGUCACCAGCAGCACUUUACCAAAGAAACAGUACUAUACCACAGAUGAGAGUGCGGCAGAGAGUGGUCUUACAACGGCUGUUCAAUCGGAAGAUGUAAGUUUUUGUUUUUGUUAUCAUGAUACUUUUUGCAAUAAAGGUAAAUUUCAAAGUUUUAAUACCUUUCUUAAGAUUGUGGAUAUCCCAAUCUAUAAUCUUAAUCAAAGUCUAGGGUUUCGUCUAACCUAUAUUCAGGAAUAUAGUGUAGUCUAUAGUCAAGCAUUAAGUGUAGGCUUUAGUCUACACUGGUCUGUAGUCCAAAGCCAGAACUAUAGUCUAGUCUAUAGUCAAUUUGCUAUACCUGCCAAAUGGCUGAAAUCGGCGGUAGGCUGGCCGCCGGUAAUACUCUGCAAGCAGCGCUGCCGUCUAAUUCUUUCGGCUCAAAACCUUAAGCCGUCUUAA